AUGUACGAGGAAAAACCCAAAAAUAUACAAAAACGGAAAAAGAGAAAGAGAGGAAGACAAAGCUAUGAGGGAGCAAGUGCUCUGGAGGAGACGAUGAAAGCUGCAGAGCAAAAACACAAGCAGCAGGUGGACAUUAUUCUGGCAAGACAUGUAGUAGAGAAAGCACAGCUCUCAGACCGGAGCAACCAGGGGACAUCCCACAGUCAGAACAGCGAUGGUACUCUGCAGUUGGACGCAGAGACCACAAAACUGCUGAUAAGGAAAGGGGAUGAACUUUCUGAGUGUUUGAAUGUCUGGGUGCAACGAUACAGUGCUCUGGAGGAGACGAUGGAAGCUGCAGAGCAAAAACACAAGCAGCAGCUGGAAGAAACAGUGGCAAGAAAAGAGAGGAAGAAACUCCUUCAGUACGAGGAAAGCUUCACCAAGAACCUGGCAGAGAAGCAACAGAUGGAGUUGAAAUUGAAAGAGGAGACUCAGGAAAAGACAGACCUGGCCAAGGAAAAUCUGCGCUGUGAGACGGAUGUCAAACAGCUGAAAGAGCAGAUUAGAGAGCACGAGGAAAAGAGCUCCAAAGACCUGGCCGAUAAAAGCACUCUGACGGAGAAGGUGGAAGCUGCAGAGCGCCAACACAAGCAGCAAAUGGACGACAUGGUUGCUGGGUAUGAGGCACAGCAACAGAAGCUCUCAGCCCAGAAUGAAGAGGCCAACCUGGUGAACUUGAACCUGCUGAAGAAAAGAGAGGAAGAACUCCUUCAGUACGAGGAAAGCUUCACCAAGAACCUGGCAGAGAAACAACAGAUGGAGUUGAAACUGAAAGAGGAGACUCAGGAAAAGACAGACCUGGCCAAGGAAAAUCUGCGCUGUGAGACGGAUGUCAAACAGCUGAAAGAGCAGAUUAGAGAGCACGAGGAAAAGAGCUCCAAAGACCUGGCCGAUAAAAGCGCUCUGACGGAGAAGGUGGAAGCUGCAGAGCGCCAACACAAGCAGCACAUGGACGACAUGGUGGCUGGGUAUGAGGCACAGCAACAGAAGCUCUCAGCGCAGAAUGAAGAGGCCAAACUGGUGAACUUGAACCUGCUGAAGAAAAGAGAGGAAGAACUCCUUCAGUACGAGGACAGGUUCACCAAGAACCUGGCAGAGAAGCAACAGAUGGAGAUGAAACUGAAAGAGGAGACUCAGGAAAAGACAGACCUGGCCAAGGAAAAUCUCCGCUGUGAGACGGAUGUCAAACAGCUGAAAGAGCAGAUGAGAGAGCACGAGGAAAGGUUCUCCAAAGACCUGGCCCAGAACCAAGAGACCUUGCAAACCAAGGUUAAAUUGGUGGAGACCAAAUUGUCCUUGGUUUCCCAGGAGAAGGAGGUCCUGGCCCAGCAACAACAGAACCUCGAGAAGGAACUGAAGGAGGUUCAGGCCGAACUAAAAAUGGUCAAAGAAGAGAAGACCCAGAGCAGCGAGAGGGGAGUCAAACUGAUGGAGACCAAAGUCAAACAGUUUGAGGAGCAGACGAAGGAGCAGCAGGGAAAGUUCUACAAAGACCUGGCCCAGAAAAAGCAAAGCUGGGAAACAAAGGAGAAGAAGAUGGAGGAGGAGAAGAAACUUCUGGAAGACCUCUGUCUUUACAUGAAGAACAAGAGCAGAGGGUUCUUAUUCCGCAGGAGGGACACUGAGGACAGAGACGUCACCUUGCAGAAAAUGUUAAGCAAGAUGCAAGAGAAGGAGAAGAGGAAGAAACAAUGUAGGGGGGGAGCUGAAGCAUGA